CUGCCGGUGCCCCUCACUCCCGACCCGCAGCCCCCAGCUCCUGCCUCUGUCUCCCCCAUCACAGGGCGGCCGGGGAUGAGGACCGAGCUGUUCUCCAGCAAGUGUCCAGACACCAUCAUUGUCCAGGAAACCGACCGAGACUAUCAAAGGAUUCUGCUGUACUCCCGCACCCCCGACCUGGCUGACGAGUGCAUUGAGGAUUUCCGGAGCCAAGCCUACUGCCUGGACAUGGAAGAAUUCCUGCUUAUCCCCCGCAGUCAAGACACCUGCCAGCUUCAGGAUUCCUGAUUGACCCACUGCCAGCCCCCCCAGCUGCUGCGACUGGCCUGCCCCGAGGAAACAGCCCCCCCGAACACUGACCCCCUUGUUCGCCUGGAGGAAGAAACCCCAUUUCUGCAGAGCCUGUCAAAUAAAUCCCAAUCCUGCCGCAUC